AUGAUUAUCCAAAGAGAAGAUCAUUUAGCAGGGGGGUUUGGCAACACCGAACUGUUACAGCGCCUUGAAUCUCUUCCAACUAAUGUUGACACGGCGGUUGGCAGAGUGUCCCGUCGCUGCCAACAAAGGGCGUUGUCUCCUCCCCUCCCAUAUAUGGGCUCGUUCUGCAAGGCACUCGACUAUCCUUGCGAUGAAGAAAACCCCGAUGGAUUCGUCAUACUAUGUAUGGCGGAAAACAAGUUGGUAACUGACAUCCUUUCCAAGCGCCUUGGUGCGGACCCAAAUAUAGCCAAAGUGGCUUUUGCAGAUGAAAGUCUGUAUUGUUACACCUCGUCUCUGGGACUUCCUGUUGCCCGUCAAGCUGCUUCGCAUUUUUUCACCAAACGAUUUCUCUCAUCGAAUGCCUUACAAGAUUCCAUCGUCGAUCCGAAAAAUAUUGGUAUAGCUUCAGGGGCAGCUGGUGCGAUGAACAGCCUCUAUUUCGCAUUGGGUGACGCGGGGGAUGUCGCUCUCAUCCCCCGCCCAUACUAUGGAGGGUAUGACUUCGACAUGUCCAUAGUCUCGCAGAUAACCCCUUUUGGCUUCGAGUUGGAUGCUCCAACCGAGGGCCCAACGGAGGCUGAUUUGGAUCGUGCUUUCAACGACGCCCAGUCAAAGGGCCUGACGCCAAGAUUUCUGCUUUUGAACAAUCCAAAUAAUCCGCUCGCAAGCGUAUAUGCUCCAGAAGUGAUUCGAAAUGCAGUAGCUUGGGCCAGAAACUUGAAGCUUCAUAUCAUUGUGGAUGAAAUCUAUGCUCUAUCGACACACGUUGGUCAUGGUUUUCAGUCCGUUGUCAGGAUUCUUGACAACGAUCUCAGAGACGAUGUCCACGUUGUUUGGGCACUGUCCAAGGACUUUGGCGCGAGUGGAUUGCGAGUGGGAUUUGUUUACAGUCGUAACGAGACGCUUCUUCAGGCAAUGUCACACCUCAACACUUUCAGCUCAGUCAGCAACUCUACUCAAGCAAUGGUUGCCGAGCUGUUGACUGAUGAUACAUUCAUUGAUUACUACCUGAAGGAAUCGAGCAUCCGACUGCGACAAUCCUACGAAAGUUGCGUGGAGAAGCUUGUAGAAAUGGGCUUGCCAUUUAUUCCACCACAGGCAGGUAUCUUUGUUUAUGUCGACUUUAGUUCAAUCCUGCCAAAGAAAACAAAGGAGUAUGAAGCCAAACUCAGUCAAUUACUUAUUGAGCACGCCCGAGUUAUACUGACCCCUGGUGAUUCCAUGAAAGAUCCAACGCCAGGAAUGUUUCGUAUGUGCUACGCAUGGGUAUCCCCCGAUGUUCUUCGAGUCGGGAUGGAACGUUUGAGUCGCAUUGUGACAAAAAUUAGACGUCUAGAUUGGGAAGAUCUAGACGAAACGACACUAAGUGGGAUCAUUUAG